GGAGAAUUGAGUUCCUAAAGACAGUGGCAGGCGGUGUCAGGCUCGCGUAGCUUUAGCACAGGGUUGGCUGAUUUUACCACAGAGUACCCUUAGGGACGAAGGGAAAUCGUCACUUCGCGUAGCCCGAAAAAAAAAAUCAUUUAGAUUCCACGCGACUGAAGGAACGGAUAGAUGGGAUCCACCAGCUAGACCUAUCGAAUUUCACAGUCAUGGGUCUUUACUUCAGGGGCUUUUCCUCAACUAGAGAUCAGCAGAGAGGUGGUAGUUGAGAGAGUAAUGAAGCCAAAACCUUCUGCCAAACCUCGAAUCAAGCCUCUGCUUCUUCAAUAAAGCAACAGAUUCAUCUGUCUCACCGCACUUUGUGAGCCUUCGUCGCACCCGCUCGCUCGCCCGCUUCCUCAUUACGCCCACCAUCCUCGUGCACACAUUUGCGACCGUUGCGCUUUGCGACGACACCACAUUCAACAGAUGCCGUUGCUCAUGGACGGGCUGGCUUAUGCCGGAGCUAUCUGGUCGCUUAUUGUUUUUUGCGUACAGGCCAUUGGUUUAUAUCAACUCUUCCGCUCAUAUUCGCGCCCUCCGCCGCCACCAGUAUCGCCUUCACUCACAUCUGAGGAUGUACCGCACGUAACCGUGAUCCGCCCAGUCAAAGGUCUUGAGCCGCGGCUGUACGAAUGCCUGAUCUCGACCCUCCAGCAAUCGUACCCAAGAGACAAGCUGAGCGUGCACCUCUGCAUUUCGUCCAAAGAAGACCCAGCCUACCCUGUCCUAAAGAAAGUCGUGGUCGAAUACAGCGCCACACAUGACGUCCGUCUCUUUGUCGAAACCGAGGAUCCGUUGCUCUACGGCACCACUGGCGACACACGUAACCUUGGCCCCAACCCCAAGAUCCGCAACAUCAGUCAUGCCUACCGUGAAGCCAAAGGCGACAUAAUAUGGAUCAUUGACUGCAAUAUAUGGGUGUCUAAAGGCACGGCUGGCCGGAUGGUUGACAAGCUAUGUGGCUUCCCUGCCGGCUCCAGGCCCUACAAAUUCGUUCACCAGCUCCCACUGUCUGUGGACGUCACUCCGCCUCAAGACUCCGGAGUCCUGCGGACCGGCGGCGGCCGCCUUGAUGAGAUGUUCAUGGCAACUACACACGGCAAAUUCUACAGCGCCAUCAACACCGUCGGCGUCGCACCCUGCAUCUGCGGAAAGAGCAACAUGUUUCGCAAAUCUCAUCUCGACCGCCUCACUGACCCUGCACACAAUCCUAUACUACCUAAAGAAACGGCGACUCGCCCACGCGGGAUAGACUACUUCUCGGCAUACAUCUGCGAGGACCAUCUGAUUGGAGAUUUACUGUGGCGUUCGCAGGUGCCAGGCCACGGCAACCACGGUCUAGUAUUUGGCGAUCUGGCCUUGCAGCCCAUGAUGAACAACUCGGUCGGGUCGUAUAUUGCCCGCCGGGUAAGGUGGCUUCGCGUGCGCAAGUGGACGGUUCUGCUGGCAACCUUGGUCGAGCCUGGCGUCGAGUCUAUGGUUUGCUGCAUGGCGUUCGCCCACGCUCUAACCACCACGCCGUGGUGUCCCAACCCCGCCGACUGGCCCAUCCCGCAUACCUGGACUGCCCUGUGGUCCAUCUGGCUGGCUGCAAUCGCCGUCUGGGCGACGCUGGACUAUGUGGUGUACCAUUUUCUCCACUCCUGUCGCAGCAUCGAGAAGGAUGCAGACUCGCCAGAUUUUGCCCAAGGCAACGAGCUCAUGAAGCGGCCUUUUGGCGCCUGGAUUCUCGCGUGGAUUGGACGUGAAAUUUUGGCACUGCCUAUUUGGACCAGGGCUGUGUUAUUGGGCACGACGGUCACAUGGAGAGGCACCAAAUUCAAGGUAAGACCAGACCAAAGCGUGGUCGAUAUUCCAAAUGCAGGGGCCAAAUCGAAUGGAAUUGGGUCGACGAACAGAAAGGUCCGUUGAAUUGAGGUAAUUCUCUUUUGAGGGGGUGGGGGUAAGUUUCCAGACGUGAAAGGCGUGCUAGAUAACUAUCAGGGUUAGCUUAAACAACCUAUAAACUCCGAUACACUUGUUAAAUACACACUAUAAUACUGAAUAUUUGUACAUGACCA